AUGUACAAGGCAGACAAUACCAUCAAGAAGCCUAUCUUUUCCGUCAAAUCACAGAUCCACACCGUCGUCGUUGAUACCAGCUUGUUUACAAACGACUUGCUGGAGUAUCUCGCCAUCCACAUCAAGCACCUGUACCAAUUGACACUGUGUGGCUCCGUUUCUCGCAGUACGCAAAGCAUCAUUGCAGCUCUCACUGCCUACAGUAAACAACCGAGACGGAAUGCAUUGGCCCUCAAGUGUAUUCGUUUCGAGAGCUACCUUAGUUAUUCGAAUGAGAUUAUACAGCAAACCAGAUCGGACGAAAACAACAAUCUCAUGCUCGAUUUGAUUGGCUUCAAUCUGGACUAUCUCAUCACUGAUAUCCAAAAUGUCUUUGAAGGCAGAAUUACUGGCUUGAGUAAGACAUCUCUGGAAGUAACGACAACAAACAACGUCAUGCCAAAGACUGUGUAUCUUCAAAGAAAGUCAAAAUGGACGCCAGAUAACCUGUUCAACCUUAGAGAUAGCAACCAAUAUGUCAAUAAGAACGCGCGAAAUAGAAGACUGAAAUCUGUUCAUACCUGCGUGUUAACUAUCAAGGCUGACUCCAUCCAUUAUGUACGAUUGUAUUGCCACAGCCAGGAUAACCGACAUCUCUUUAGUCUAAUCAUAAACCUGAGAGCUUAA